CCUCCCUGGUGCUGGCGUCGCGCGGGGGGAGGGCGGUGGAGAUAGAGUGGCUGUGGCUCCAGGAGCGGGGCGCGCUGCCGGGCGGGCGCUGAGGCGGAACGAGCCACCGAGUUGACGGUUGGAGGAGCGGGCGGAAGCGUCUGCCUGUGCGGCGGCCGAACGAAGGGAAGCGCCUAGCCGCCCCUCCCGAUCCCAGUCCCUGGCCGGAGCGGAUGCGCUGCGGUUAGGAGGAAGCGGCGGCGGGGCCUGGGUCAGGCGAAGAUGGUGCUGGUGGGGGCGAUAAUCCUGUUCUGCUCCUUGGCGGCCGGAGCCGGAGGCCAGUAUGGAAAUCCUUUAAAUAAAUACAUUAAACAUUAUGAAGGAUUGUCAUAUGAUGUGGAUUCAUUACACCAAAAACACCAGCGUGCCAAAAGAGCAGUGUUGCAUGAAGACCAGUUUCUGCAUCUAAAUUUUCAUGCACAUGGAAUACACUUCAACCUUCGAAUGAAGAGAGAUACGUCCCUCUUUAGUGAUGACUUCAAAGUAGAAAUAUCAAAUAAAGUAGUUGAUUAUGAUACCUCCCAUAUUUAUACUGGACACAUAUAUGGCGAGCAGGGAAGCUUUAGCCAUGGAUCUGUUAUUGAUGGAAGAUUUGAAGGAUUUAUCCAGACUCACAGUGGCACCUUUUACGUUGAGCCAGCAGAGAGAUAUAUUAAGGACAGAACCCUACCAUUUCACUCUGUCAUUUAUCAUGAAGAUGAUAUCAAGUAUCCUCAUAAAUACGGACCACAAGGAGGUUGUGCAGAUCAUUCCGUGUUUGAAAGAAUGCAGAAGUACCAAAUGACGGGUGUAGAGGAACCAACAGCACAGAAACCCUACAAAGAACAUAACAUCAAUGGUCCAGAGCUUUUAAGAAAAAAACGUGCAGCUCAAGCUGAAAAAAAUACUUGUCAGCUCUACAUUCAGACUGAUCAUCUAUUCUAUAAGCAUUAUGGAACAAGGGAAGCUGUGAUUGCACAGAUAUCCAGUCAUGUUAAAGCAAUUGACACAAUUUACCAGUCAACAGAUUUCACAGGAAUCCGUAACAUCAGUUUCAUGGUGAAACGAAUAAGAAUCAACACAACUGUUGAUGAGAGAGACCCUUCCAAUCCCUUCAGAUUUCCUAAUAUUGGUGUGGAGAAGUUUCUGGAACUGAACUCUGAACAGAAUCAUGAUGAUUAUUGCUUGGCCUAUGUAUUUACUGACCGUGAUUUUGAUGAUGGUGUCCUUGGUCUGGCUUGGGUUGGAGCCCCUUCAGGGAGCUCUGGUGGAAUAUGUGAAAAGAGCAAACUCUAUUCUGAUGGUAAAAAGAAGUCCUUAAAUACUGGAAUCAUCACUGUUCAGAACUAUGGCUCUCACGUCCCUCCUAAGGUUUCUCACAUCACUUUUGCUCAUGAGGUUGGACAUAACUUUGGUUCUCCUCAUGAUUCUGGAACGGAAUGCACUCCAGGAGAGUCCAAAAACUUGGGGCAGAAAGAAAAUGGCAAUUAUAUCAUGUAUGCAAGAGCUACAUCUGGAGACAAGCUUAACAACAAUAAAUUCUCCCUCUGUAGCGUUCGAAAUAUCAGCCAAGUUCUUGAGAAAAAAAGAAAUAAUUGUUUUGUUGGUAUGUAUUUUUGUCACCCUUAUAAAAUGCUAAAGAGUUAACUGAGCUCUGAUCUA